AUGAAUGCAAAUUGUCAAGCUACGAGUGGUCAGUCAGACCAGAGGAAACAAGACACUUCCUUCGAAAUUGGUGGUUCUCGUUCCGGUGAGGCAGAAGGUGGGCGGAUCUUUCUACCACAUGCUGCUGCAUGGACAGAUGAUGUCGAAGUUAGCAUGUCAGCACAUCGCCAAUCUAAUUACACAACUCUCGUAGCACAAGCAACACACGUUGCGCCCAGAAAUUCAUGCUUCCGUAUCUGCUUGUAA